GUAUUGUAUUAUUGUACAGCGAGUGAGUCGAGCAAUGGUAUUCCUCCAAACUCAUUCUCUCACAAGAAACAUCAAAGCCCCUUUUACUUCUUCAUCUUCAUCAGCAUCUGUUCACCACUCCAAACCUUUCUCUUCCGCUACCACAACUAUUAGAGCUACAACAACAAAGAUGGAAAACACAGAAUCUGAGGGUUCAAAUGUAAAUGACAAUAAAAGGAAAAUAUUUGUGGCUGGGGCUACUGGAAGUACUGGUAAAAGAAUCGUUGAACAACUUUUAGACAAGGGUUUUGCAGUUAAGGCUGGUGUUCGUGAUGUUGACAAAGCUAAGACUACUUUUUCAGAUAACCCAUUUCUCCAAAUUGUGAAGGCUGAUGUAACUGAGGGUUCAUCUAAGUUAGCUGAAGCUAUUGGUAAUGAUGCUGAAGCUGUUAUUUGUGCUACCGGAUUUCGUCCUUCGUUGGAUUUAUUUACUCCUUGGAAGGUUGAUAAUUUUGGCACAGUAAACCUUGUAGAUGCAUGCAAGAAAAAUAAUGUGAAUAGAUUUAUUCUUAUCAGUUCCAUUCUAGUCAAUGGUGCUGCAAUGGGACAAAUCUUUAAUCCAGCUUACCUAUUCCUAAACGUAUUUGGACUAACGUUGAUAGCCAAACUACAAGCGGAGAAUUAUAUCAGGAAAUCGGGUAUAAACUACACAAUUAUAAGGCCUGGUGGAUUGAAAAAUGACCCUCCAAGUGGAAAUUUGGUCAUGGAACCUGAGGAUAAUCUGUCUACAGGUUCUAUAUCUAGAGAUCUGGUUGCAGAAGUAGCUGUUGAGGCAUUAGGCCACCCUGAAUCUUCUUACAAGGUAGUGGAGAUAGUUUCCCGUCCUGAAGCUCCAAAACGCUCAUUUGAAGAUCUCUUUGGCUCUAUCAAACAACGCUAAGUUUGAAAUGACCAAGUGGCUUGACACAUAGCUGGAUUACUGAAUACUACCCUGCCGCUGAUGGACAAGCCAAGGGGUGGAUGCUGGAUGCAAGCUGUCAUUGAGUAUGAUAAUAAGACUGGCCAUCAUUUUUGUGUUAUGGUAUGAGAUAGAUGGAGAGAAUAUAUACCACGUGUUAAUUUAAGCCCAAAGCAACUUCUCUUGAAUGAAAGAUGAUGGAAGAAGUACUGAAAGAUCAAUCAAAUUCAUGAACUCUCAUCUGUAAUCGACAAACUAAAAACUCAAUCCAUCCCUCAGUCCAAAAUAACACAAACACUGGUGUAGCUUAUCCUCUCCCCGUUGGCUGGUGAGCCUAACCACGCCCCUCCCAUAACCACGCCCCUCUCAUUUUAUAUUCUUACAUCAUGUUUAUAUGUUUUUUAAGAUGAUGUGAUGACUCAAAUAUGAUUUAUGCAUCUUGGCCACCCAUUUGAACGUGUAUAAAACGAGUGAAAGGUUUUUUUUUUCUCAUUUCACAACCCUAA